GACGUCAGUUCACCGACCCAAGUGCCAAAAUUGAGAAGGUCGAUCUUGCAAAAGCUAUUGAAAGUAUCGUAUGUAAGAGGACAAAGUUGCAGCAAAAUGGUCAAGGUAGAAGAUUGCACAGACAGCGGUAGUUCUUCUGAUGUUGAAAUUCUAGAACGCCAAAGAUUGCAAGUUACUUGGUCAGACUUGAAACCAGGCUCUGCGCCAGACUUAGAAGAUGAGAAUGCAGGUCCUGAAGCAUCAAGCUCUUUGGAUGGUUUUUCUAGUCCUGAGAGGGAAGAAGCUGAUUCUCUUUUUGGGUCUGAGUUAGAUGAUAAUGUUGAUUCUGAGUACCACAAUGUGCCUUCUGUUCAAGAUGGAGAGAAGAGAUUGUACCUAUUAGCCAUGAACUUUGCAGAAGAAGAAGUUGAUUUGGCACUGAAACAGCUUGGUGAAAGUGCUCCAUUAUCAGAACUUGCAGAUUUCAUAGUAACCGCUCAAACAGCAGGUUCCUCAGGAGUAAAUAGUAUGAAAGGAUCAGAAAGUAACCUUGGAAAAGAUGAGGAACAAAAUGCUGAAGGUUUAUUUGGGAUGAUGGACAAGACAAAUUAUCUGUUUCAAAUGGGUUUCACUGAAGAAGAAGUAUCAACUGCUAUUGAUAAUUUUGGUCCAGAAGUUUCCAUUCAGGAGCUUGCUGACUCAAUUUUUGCUAGCAGGCUCUCUUGUAGAAUCAAAAAAGAUCAAACAGUCGAUGGAAGUAACAUUAAAACUGAACUAGAUUACACUGACCAUGCAUCAGAAGAAUUAAAAUGCUAUCAUUCUGUAACUGACGCAUGGGAAGCUCAUGCAUCAAGUUCCAACAAAGAGUUUUAUGACUAUGAAGAGAAGGUGCGAGUGAAAAAGGCCAAAGGCACAGUUGUGGAUGGUGAAUCAUCUUUCAACCAUAGCGCUAAACAGCAGGCUAGAUGGGAAACAGCAUGGCAGAGCAAACCUAACAUUUUUAGUAAAUUUGAGAUGUCUGAUCCAGUAUUUAUCAAAAAAGAAGUGCCUGAACAAAUGACAUCAAAUCUAAAUGGGAAUAUUCAUGGGAUCCUCUCCAGAGCACCUUAUUUUUUCUAUGGAAAUGUUGUGGAUGUUUCCAGAGAAACAUGGAGAAGAUUAUCUGAAUUUCUGUAUGGUGCUGAGCCAGAAUUUGCCAGCUGUCAGUUCUUUUCUGCUUUCAUGAGAAAGGAAGGUUACCUACACAACCUUCCAAGUGGAAGAAGAUUUUACAUUCUCCCCAAACCGCCUGUGACCCUCGGAGAAGCGCUUCCACAUACCAAAAGGUGGUGGCCAUCAUGGGACACCCGGAAACAGUUAGGCUGCAUCAAUGCUGAGACCAAAGUUGUUCGGCAGGUGUGUGAGCAGCUUGGAAAGAUGAUGAUGGAUUCACAAGGAAUGCUUUCGAAAGAACAGCAAGCAAACGUUCUUCACCAGUGCAAAACACUAAAUCUGAUGUGGGUGGGUCAAUACAAAUUGAGUCCCAUUGAGCCAGACCAAGUGGAAGGCAUCUUAGGAUAUCCAAGGCAUCAUACUCGCAUUUGGGGUCUGGAACCAGAUGAAAGACUUAGGGCACUCAAGUACUCUUUUCAAACGGACACCCUAGGCUAUUAUCUUUCGGUAUUGAAGUCUAUGUUUCCUGAUGGGAUGCGGGUGCUCUCUAUCUAUAGUGGAAUCGGAGGUGCAGAAGUUGCCCUUCACAGACUUGGUAUCCAUCUUAAAUGCGUCAUUUCCGUUGAACCAUCUAAUAUCAAUAGAAGGAUAAUCAGGAGAUGGUGGCAGUACACUGGACAAUCCGGAGAGCUAAUACUGGUCAGAGGAGUCGAGAAGCUGACAACUCAGAUGCUUGAAAAUCUUGUCCACAAGUUUGGUGGAUUUGACCUCAUCAUUGGUGGGAACCCAGGUCCUUGUAUUCCUGGAAGUUGUAACGCGAGCAUCUUGAUGGGGAUGGGUCCAAACCCCUUCUUUGAGUUUGUUCGUGUGUUCCAAAGAGUGAGAAGCAUAAUGGGAAGAAGCAGCAGCUGAUGACAAGUAAUAUCACUUGUGGUAGAUUCUAAACCAAGUAGAGUUUUUAAAAGAGAAAUGACUUUUGCACACUAUGAUGGUUAGCAGUAUGAAGAUGUAACUUUUGUGGCAGCAAAAUCUUACUAGAUUACGCUUGUGGUGUCACUGGAUACCCCAUCUACUAAAUUGCAUCUCGAUUCUCUUGAUUUAAGGGUAUUGACAAAGAGAAAAGUUGUUACAUAAAAGAGGGAUAUUAAUUAUUA